UUGAUUGAUUCCGUAUUAUUUAUUUAUAAUAUGGGUUUCCGAUAGUAGUAGUAGGACCGGUCCAGCCGAGCCGAUCCGAUGACGCGAGCCACGCACACACUGGGGGUUCCCCCAACAACACGCGCCCUUCCCCGGCGACCGUACCGUAUUAUCUCCCAACUCUUUCGCCUUUCUUUUGCGUCCGCCGUUUCACUCACUUUCUCUCUCUCUUUCAAUUUCUCUCUCAUCAUCGAACCCUAAUUCCCUUUUUCCGAUGCCGGACUUUCACGAUUCCCUCACGCCGCCGUCACGCCCUGUCCCUGUCCGCGAGGAUUGCUGGUCUGAGGAAGCCUCUUCUACCCUCGUCGACGCCUGGGGCCGCCGUUACCUGGAACUCAACCGCGGCAACCUCCGCCAGAAGGACUGGCAGGAUGUCGCCGACGCCGUUAAUGCCCUCCACGGCCUUACGAAGAAAACCCACCGCACCGACGUCCAGUGUAAGAACCGCAUCGACACCAUCAAGAAGAAAUAUAAGAUCGAGAAGGCUAGGGUUUCGUCUUCCAAUGGUAUUCUUUCUUCCUCUUGGCCUUUCUUCGAACGAUUAGAUGCUCUGAUUGGCCCCAAUUUCAGUGCCAAAAAAUCAUCCUCUUCACCCUCGCCGUCGCCUCCCGUCGCUCUCCCCUUGUUGCCUCAACGGAAAACCCCUUAUUCCCCUGCGAUUGCUGUGCCGCCGAUGGCCGUGGUGCUGCCGCAGAAGCGGCCUGCGGCGAUGACGAUGGAUGAUGGUUACUUUAGGAGGAAUUAUUCUGCGAUGGCCGCUGCCGCGGCAGCUGCGGAGGAUGAUGAGGAGGAGGAGGAGGAGGAGGAAGAGGAGGAGGAAGAAGCAGAGGAGGAGGAGGAGGAUGAAGAUGAAGAUGAAGGGAGGGGAAGUGAAGUAGAGGAAGGGGAGAAAGAGAGGGAAGGGAUGAGGAGGUUGGCGAAGGCAAUAGAGAGGUUUGGGGAAGUGUAUGAAAGAGUGGAGGGACAGAAACUGAGGCAGAUGGUUGACUUGGAGAAACAGAGGAUGCAGUUUGCUAAAGAUCUUGAAGUGCAGAGGAUGCAGAUGUUUAUGGACACACAAGUUCAGCUGGAGAGAAUUAAGCGCGGGAAAAGAUCUGGGUCUAAUGAUAUGUAUAGCUAGCCAUGUGGGCGAUACUUGGAUGAUGUUGGUGCUCGAAAGGCUAUCUUGCAUUGGGUAAUAAGCAUGGCAAAGUACAUAACUUCAGCUGAUACUGUCGUGAGGAGAUUUCCAAUAGAAAUUUAUCCUGGAGUAAUUUUGGAUUCUUUUAGCUAGAGUUUUAAUUUGUUGUUAUUAGCCCUUAUAAAUUAAUUUAGCAACUGUACUAGCCUAAUUUGGGCUCCGAUAUAGAAUUUGCUUCGAUCAAUGUAUAACACUUUUUUUUUGUC